AUGUCUGCAGAGCGGAGCGCCCCCUGCUGUCGACCUGCAGACUGUAAACAUAGUUUGGAGGACUUGGUGAUCGACCUUGAAGAGUUUCCCUUUAACGGGAAGAGAGUUCAGCAGGUCCAGAACUUCUUGAGUGGACCGGGCCCUGACGAGCAGAGCAGGACCGUGGAGGUGAGGCGGUGUUACACCUGUACACCUGAAUGUAAACAAACACUGUUGACACGAGCCCGACCAAUCAGAGAGCAGGACCGUGGAGGCGGAGUUACACCUGGAUCAGCUGAAGCUCAAAGACUCAAAGAUCUGGACCGGUGGUUCUGA